AUGGAAGACAACGCCGAGCUCGAGUCCUUCCGCCGACAGUGGCGCGAGGAGGUCACUCGUCGAUCAAAACCCAAGACUGGGACCCCUCCGGCUCCGACGCCGACUGCCCCGCCUUUGUCUCGUCUUCCGCCCACACGCCAUGAGGCCGCUCACCGCAAUGAGGUCGAGGAGGAGGGCCCUCCACUGGCUUCCUUCGAUCCCGAUGAGCUGGCCCAACAGGUUGGGGAGCUGAGCGUGCAGCCUGCAGAGGAGGACUUCUCUCGUCGAGAGGCGGUAGAACCAACCUCUGCCUUGGAGCAUUUUGAACGGGCGGUUGAAAAGGAGGCGGAGGGCAACUUGGGUGACAGUCUCACGCAUUACCGGAAAGCUUACAGGCUUGACUCUGCUGUUGAUAAAUCCUACCGUAACAAGCAUUAUUCCCACGUAUGGAAGAGACCAAACCAGCCGACGCCCGCUCAGGCGACAACGACCCAACUACAAGCUGCCGAGGUAGAGACCGUACCGACGCAGGAACUCAUUGCAUCGUUCGCGCAUCUUCCAAUCCCACAAGCCGAGUCAAUCAUCGAGAACACGCCGCCGCCCCCAUGUCCGAUUGCUGCCAUGCCGUCGGAAGUGAUAGCAGAAAUCCUCAAUCAUGUGGCUCUUGACGAUCCGUCAACAUUUGCUCGUAUGGCACUGGUCUGUAAACGGAUGGCCUACCACUUCGCCCAUGACCAACCGACCUGGAAGGGACUCUGUCAAGCUUCAAAGUUCGGCUUUGGGGGAAUGCAUUACGACUUCGCGUGCGACGUGCUCGGGCUUCCAAUCUACACUCUUGGCUCUCGAUACACCCCAUUCCCGAAAGACGAGCCUGUAGAAGUUCCCCCACCACUGUCUUCGUGGCGCCAGGUUUUCCAGUCCCUACCUCGAAUUCGGUACACGGGUGUCUACAUCAGCACUGUCAACUACACUCGGCCCGGUGCUACCGCUGCGUACUCGAAUGUGUCGUGGAACAGCCCCAUCCACAUUGUGACUUACUAUCGCUACCUACGGUUCUACCCAGACGGCUCAGUCAUAUCACUUCUCACAUCCACCGAGCCGGUCGAUGUCGUCCCGUAUAUCAGCAGAGAGAACGUGGCAGCAGCGCUUACUCCGGCGAACCGCAAACAUAAGCGCAACGCGUCUGACCAUGGUCAAUCCUUAUCCGGGGCGGCCGAUCCUUUGCCAGCCGUUGCUUCGAAUGCAUUGAAGCAUGCUCGCAGAGGCCGUUGGCACCUGGCCUCGCCCACCAACACGCCUGAGCCAUCUGAUUCGGCCUGGAAGCCUGAAUCUGGGGCCACCGAAAAGCCUCUGCUCUCCGAUCAGAGAGACAUUAUUAUUGAGACCGAAGGCGUCGACUCCAGAUAUGUAAACACCAUGCAUUUAUCUCUACGCUCCUCGACCAUCCCCAAGGCUGCACAGGCUAGCCCUGCUCCACCCAAUCCAUCAAAAAAUACCAAGCUGGCCUGGAAGGGCUUCUGGAGCUACAACAAAAUAUCUGAAGAAUGGGGCGAGUUCGGUAUCCCCAACGAUAGAGCAUAUGUGUUCCGACGAGUGCGCGGUUGGGGACUUGAGUGA